AAAUAAAAAGAAAGGCUUUGUUACGUUUCCACAUCAAAGUAAAAUAUAGUACUUAGUUCUUUUUUAUUUCAUUUAAUGCCUAUUGGUGUUCCAAAAGUACCUUUUCGAAGUCCUGGAGAGGAAGAUGCAUCUUGGGUUGACAUAUACAACCGACUUUAUCGAGAAAGAUUACUUUUUUUAGGGCAAGAGGUUGAUAGUGAGAUCUCAAAUCAACUGAUUGGUCUUAUGAUAUAUCUCAGUAUCGAGGAUGAUACCCAAGAUCUGUAUUUGUUUAUAAACUCUCCUGGCGGAUGGGUAAUACCGGGAGUGGCUCUUUAUGAUACUAUGCAAUUUGUGCAACCAGAUGUACAUACAAUAUGCAUGGGAUCAGCCGCUUCAAUGGGAUCUUUUAUCCUGGUCGGAGGAGAAAUUACCAAACGUCUAGCAUUCCCUCACGCUUGGGUAAUGAUCCAUCAACCUGUUGGUUCUUUUUCUGAAGUAGCAACGGGAGAAUUCAUCCUGGAAGUGGGAGAACUGCUGAAACUACGUGAAACCCUGACAAGGGUUUAUGUACAAAGAAUGGGCAAACCCGUAUGGGUUGUAUCCGAAGACAUGGAAAGAGAUGUUUUUAUGUCAGCAACAGAGGCCCAAGCUUAUGGAAUUGUUGAUCUUGUAGCGGUUGAAUGACAAUAGCCUAGAUUUCACAUCAAUUCUGAAAUUCACCCUGCCGAGUUUAAUAUUAAUAUUCUAUGACUUUUUUUAUUAUUCUAUAUUCUAUUGAAUAAAAGUAAUUCAUAAUCAUCCGGUUAGGAUCGAUCUAAACCAGCCCAUUAUGUAUAGGAUUCAACAUGCCAACGAUUAAACAACUUAUUAGAAAUACAAGACAGCCAAUUAGAAAUGUCACAAAAUCCCCCGCGCUUCAGGGAUGCCCUCAGCGUCGAGGAACAUGUACUAGGGUGUAUGUGCGACUCGUUCAGAUCAUGAACUAGAACAAAGGAAAGAGAACAAUGUUCGAAUAUCAAUGAUCAAAUAGGAUAGACCGGAAAAACGAACUACAUUUCCUAUCUAAAAAUCGAUGAUAUCCCUUUUAUUGUGUAUGAAAUUUAUGGUUUCUGUUGGUGUAAAUCCACUCACCUCAAUUCAAGAUGAGAAGCAAUUCUCCAUUGGUAGCAAAUGGUUAUCCAUUAAGCGGAGGAAAUCUUAGUUAAAAUAAACCCCUCUUGCAAGAACG